UGUAUGUUUGUCGUUGGGUGUGUGUGUCUUGGGUGUGUCUGUCUUUGAGUUACUUCCCCCGUCAUCUUCAGUCCCUUCUCACAUGCUCAGAAUCACCACCAGCAGCCAGAGUGUGUGUUGAGCUUCUGUGGUAAGAGUGUAACAAUAGCCUGUUUGAUCACAGGAGUUUCACACUAGUUACCGAGCAGCUUGUACCACCUCAGUCUACCCCCUCAAUCUCCACCAGCACAGCUGUCAUAAUGGACGUCUUCUCCUCCCUCGUUUCUUCAUCCUCCUGUCCCCAUUUAUACCAAUCACCCAGCAACCCCACUGGCAACCUCACCACUGUGAUGAGCCCUGUGAUUCUGCGGCAUUACAACUUCACAGGCCGCCUGCAGAACCGGACCAUCUCAAACAAACAGAGUAACAUCAGCGUUGCCUCAACCAUCUUCCUCUGUGUCAGCAUCUUCAUCAUCCUGGAGAACCUCCUGGUGCUGGUAGCUGUCAUCUCCCGUAUCUGCCACAGCCGGCGCUGGGUUUACGUCUGCAUCGCCAACAUCACACUGAGUGACCUCCUCACUGGAGUUUCCUAUGUGGUCAACAUCUGCUUGUCCGGGAGCCAGACGUUUCGCCUCACCUCUGCUCUGUGGCUCUUCAGGGAGGGCAUGCUGUUUGUGGCCUUGGCUGCCUCCAUAUUCAGUCUGCUGCUGAUUGCUGUGGAGCGUUACACCACCAUGAUGAAGCCACUGUCUCAGAAGUCCACUAGUAGGACCUACUACAGGAUCUACGGCCUGGUGGCGCUCUGCUGGGGUUUGGCACUGGUUAUUGGCUUUCUCCCUUUGCUGGGCUGGAACUGUGUGUGCAGCCUGGAUAAAUGCUCCACUCUCCUCCCCCUUUACUCCAAGACCUACAUCUUCUUCUCUCUGAUCAUCUUCUUCAUUGUCCUCCUGACUAUUGGCAUGCUUUAUGGUCUCAUCUACUGCCACGUGCUCAGAAGUGCAAAGCUUGGCCCCCAGCACAGCCGCAAGCACUCCAUGGCUCUGCUUAAAACUGUGAUGUUCAUUGUGGGGGCCUUCAUAUGCUGCUGGGGGCCACUGUUCCUGCUUUUACUGGUGGAUUUCUUCUGUGAAUCCCGCCAGUGUGCACUGUUGUUCAGUGCUGACUAUUUCAUCUCUCUGGCUGUCCUAAACUCUGGCCUGAACCCCAUCAUCUACGUGCUGGGCAGCACUGAGAUGAGGAAAGCCCUUGCCGAGCUGCCGUGCUGCUGCUUCAUGAAGUCUGGCCUCUGUAACCCAGACCGAUUCUCAUCCAAGGAGACCAGCAGCACCUCUGGGAGCAGGAGAGAAAGCCUAAGGAACAGUUUUAGCAAGGUCCGAAAUCUGAGCGUGGCCUCCCCACCCUCCACUCCCAGCAAGUCUCGCAGAGCACCCAAGAAAUACAGGCUGAGCUCCACCACCAGCUGCUUGUCAUUUUCAAGUGGUUAAACCACAACACGCUCCCCUCCCAGGCAAACACAACCUGUGUGCACUGAUACACAUCUAACCGUUUCCUCCCAGUUUUGGUUUGAAUGCUUUCUGCUCUCCCUGCAGGUUAUUUGUUCUGAAAAUUACACGCCUUUGGAAAAACUGUGAAAUGUUUGAAAAUAUCUUUCCGUUAGCAGAAAUACCACAAAAAAAAAAAAAAAAAAAUACACACCUUAACUUAACAUGUAGCUGCACUGUAUUUGUAGCUAUUCACCUGUGAAAUAUGAUAGCGAGAGUAUUGCAAUAAAUAUUUUAUACUUGAGAGUUAUAAUGGAAAUAUGAAAUGUGAAUAUUGUAAAAACAUGUAUUUUCAAGUUGUUUUGUAGCAUUUUGUGCAACCAUUAUGUUUUA